AAUCGAUAUCUCCCACAGUCCUUGAAAAUCGUGAAUAUUUCCAUUAACAAAACAAUUAUUUACGUAAUCUAAAAAUAAAUUGCGUAAUAUCGAAUUGCGCUGGGUCACGAUUGUCACACUCGAUUGCUAGUCCCUCGGAAGGUUCUUGGAAAGCACUUGAUUAAUAAAUAAAAAAUACUCAACGACAACAUUUGUACGGUGGAUUUUAUCGAACUUGAAGGGGAUCGAUUGAGAAACAAAUGACUUGGAUUGUCAGUCGCGCCAUUUCCGUUGCCGGACAGUCAUCGUUCAGCUGUUUCAGACGAUCGCUUCACCUAUCUCCAAAAAAUAUGGUUAUUGCUGUGGGUGAUUCUGUUCCUGACGUGGAUCUUUUUGAGGACUCCCCCGCCAACAAGGUCAAUCUUUCCAAGGUCGCCACUGGAAAGAAAAUAAUUGUUUUUGGAGUUCCAGGUGCAUUCACUCCAGGAUGCUCAAAGACACAUCUCCCUGGUUUCGUCCAGAAAGCAGAUGAGUUAAAGUCUAAGGGAAUUUCUGAAAUUUUCUGUGUCAGUGUGAAUGAUCCAUUCGUGAUGGGUGCCUGGGGAAAGGAUCACAAGGCUGAUGGCAAAGUGAGAAUGCUUGCCGAUACAAAUGGCGAAUUUGCAAAAGCAGCAGAUCUUGCCAUGGACCUUCCAGUCCUCGGUGGAACUCGAUGCAAGCGUUUCUCAAUGGUCGUUGAAGACGGAGUAGUCAAGGAAAUCAACGUCGAGCCAGACAACACCGGCCUCAGCUGCUCCCUCGCCGAUCACAUCAAAGUUUAAUAAAAUAUCCGUUCAAUAAAUCCCUGGUUUAUCAUUAUUAAUUCUGCAAUCAUGUGGUAAAAGGUAAGCACUAGCUUUCAGUAACUCUUUCGGAAAUAUCUACUACGAAACUCUUGAUUUUUUCUAGAUAUCAAGACCUGCAAAAAGAAUUCCCGAAAUUUCACUAUCUCAGAGAUAUUUCCGAAAAAAUCGUCGAAGAAACUUUUUAUUAUUUUUUUUUACUGCACUAUUGCUGAAGUAAUAAAACACUAGAUUACACCACGUUAUCACUGCAAUACACAUAUCGGUGUAAUUCUUUCAUAGACAUAUCUCAACACCGUUGUCAAUUUUUCGGUUAUCCUUACACAUUUAGAUCUUUCCUAAAUGAAUUAGAUUGUACUGAAUAAAUGACAGAGUGUACUAUACAAUAAAGUUUAAAAAAAACUA